GUCGUUGGUCACGUGCAAGUUCACAGGGCAUGCCGAGGUCGUGUUGUGCUUUUGCUUGUAGCUCGUAUUUUUAGCUAGCUUUGGCUGGGACUCGUGAUGUGAUGGCUUUCCUGAGUUUGUUCAUGAGAAGGCAAUUGCCGCCGGCCGUGUCCCACUUCGCCCGGACAGUGAAGCUUGUCCGGCCUCCAUGCGCCGGAGCGUCGCUGAGGAGGCUGCACGGCUCGUCCCGGCUGCGGCUCGCGGAGAAGGGGCCUUGGGCGAAGAGCCGGGGGCCGGAGCAGCACUACCAAUUCUCAGACCUCGACAAGGCGGACGCUUUGAUGCUGAGAAAGUCACACGAGACAGGAUUCCUGUCGUGGUUCAGGAAUGGCCUGCUUGCGACUGGGAUCGGAGUCAUUGCAUUUGUCCAGAGUGAAGUGGGACGAGAAGCAGGAUACGCCUUCUUUAUCCUGGGAGGUGUGUGUGUGUCGUUUGGCGGUGCCUCGUACGUCGGCAGCCUUUUCGCCUUGCGGAGGAUGAUGAUGCUCUCUGUGCCUGCCCUGUUGCUGCAAAGCGCCGUGGUGGGCAGCAUCGCCCUCUUCUGGCUCGGCGCGGUAUCCCUCUACAUCGGCCGCCUGGAGGUGGAGAUCAUCCACGAGGACGAGGAGGGGGAGGACGAGGAAGAGUGCCGAGAUUGCCGUGAGAGGCGCGAACACCGGGGUUACCGUGGUUCCCAUGACAACAGACAUCAUGACAGUGAGGACAAUGACAGCAAGGGGCCGAACAAGUAGACGUCUUGGAUGGGGAGUGGAAAAGGGUGUGAGUGCUGCGUUGAUUCAGGGUGUGUGUGUGUGUGUGUGUGUGUGUGUGUGUGUGUGUGUGUGUGUGUGUAUGAUUGAUGUUCAAAUUAUUGUGACAGUGAAGAAAGACUUUUAGACCUUUUGGAGAACUGGUCACAAAAUGCUGAACUUUUGGUAGUUUGAUUACAUUCACUUCUGGUGAAUGAAUGUGACUUUUUUGUAAGAUUUCAUAUCAAAGCUGCUUCACUAACAUUAUCAAUCUGUCUGAAAAUUGUAUUGAUAUUUUUUAAUUUAAAUUAUUAUUUACAUCCUCACAAACACACGCACACUGCAGAGUCUCACAGAGAACAUCAGCCAUUUCACUUUUCACGAAACUGUAAGCAGUUAAAUCUUUGGGCCAUUCCACUGGCUUUCCUCAAUCAACUGUUGUCGUCUUCUCAUCUUGUUCAACAGGAUUAACUGUGAUUGACUACUUGAAGUUUUCAUUAAAGUCUUGAAAUAGAAGAAGCUGGUUAUGAUAUGCUGCAAGGUCUAGAAAGAACGAACAUAUUAUGUGCAUGUUUUUUUAAUUACAAAUCAACGAGGGCUUAGAAUAUAUUUUUACAGAACUUUACCUUCCCUGAAGAUUUUUUUUUAAAUUUUGUUUUGUAAGGACAAUAGCAUUUUUUUUCGGUUUUUGUGUGUCAUUAAGUCUAGACUUUUGGAAACGGUAAUUUUCACAGCUUUUUCUGGAGUUAUAUAUAAUACGCGGUAUUGUUGAUGUACAUGUACAGUACCUCCUUAAAUGUAACCAUAACCAUACCAUGUUUUACCUUUUGAGUGAAUUUCAAACCAUCUGGUAAUCACUAGAAUUGCUCUCUUAACGGAUGUAAAGAAUAGUUAGUAGGAUGGAGGAAGUUGAUAUUGAGUGUGUGGCAAGGUGGGUUCACUACUGUUUACUUUUGUUUGUGGGUGCACCACUUUUAAUGCACCUUACUGUACAUACAGCAAUAAACCGAUCUAUGUCCGAA